AUGCCUCGUUCAUUCGACCCAACUCGGAUCGCCCUUCUGAAGAAGUCGGCACCCCGAUGUUCGAUCUCCGUCGACGAUAUCCAGUCAAUAACAACAAGAAAUGACAACAACUCAUCCGUUCUGUGGCCAAUUCCACGGUUCACUCUUGAGGUGCCUACACUUACCAAUGGCUCUUCCGCGACAUCCCUCAGACCACCAAGUCCUCUGCCUUUAGGAGGAGCUAAUGCUGCUGGAUCAGAUUUCGAUUUUCGGCAUCGAGGAGAAUUGGACAUGUCGGAGAAGUACAACUACGACUUGAGCAAAGCGCAGCUAAAAGCGAGUAGCAGAACAUCAGCCUUGCUUGCUGGUUUUGCUAUGGUGGCAUUGGUGGAGCUGCAGUACGACGAGAACACACCUCACUGGCUUCUGAUACUGCUAGGAGUUGUCACAACGUUGCUUGUCUCAGUACACUUGUUAGCGUUGAUGAUGUCCACUUGUAUACUACCGUAUAUGGAAGCCACCGGAUGCACACAAGACUCGCCACAUAUACGGUUAAAGUCAGUUUUCCUUUAUUUGCGUUGGCCUUCUAUGUAG